AUGGCGGACGUGGUGGAUAUGGACGUGUGGGUGGCGUUGACCCGUCGGCUGCUCCAGCUCGAGCAGGACGACGAGGUGCAGACGAGGCAGACAGAGCUCGCGACGCUUGCGGACAAGGAGAACCCCAACGUGUUGACGCACUUGACGCUCGCGCGCUGCUCGACGGGUCUCUUUGGUCGCUCGGUGCUGCAGUUUCGACUGCCGCUGCUAAGUAUACGCCACACGACACCACACCAGUUCAAAGUUGGGGAUGUGGUUCAGCUCCGUGGGGAGCGAAAGAGCGCACAAGUGGGCCACAGUCACCCGACGGGUUUGGUGUCGCGCGUGGACGACCAGUCACUUUCGGUAGCCAUUCAGCCCCGCGACCGGAACAAUAGUGACGACAGUGACGACGACGUGGACGACGUCGGUGCAAAGUAUACACUGGACCGCCUCGUGAACACUGCGACCUUUGAGAAGCUCUUGCGGGUGCUCCGGCAGAUGGAAAAGCACGACGUGGAAGCUGCUCAGGCCGUUGUGGACGUUAUUUUCGCCAAGCGGGAGCCUCAAUGGACGAGCCCAUUGCCUGCAAUUGCUCCGUUCCAUGCGGGACUAAAUGAGUCUCAAGUUGAAGCGAUUCGCUUCGCUUUGGCGUCCAAAGACGUGGCUCUGAUCCAUGGACCUCCUGGCACAGGCAAGACGACGACAGUGGUGGAGUUGAUUUUACAAGCCGUGACGGCUUUUGAUCAAAAGGUGCUUGUGUGUGCACCGUCGAAUAUUGCAGUGGAUAAUGUACUGGCGAAGCUCGCAGAGACAUGCUCGAGAGUGCACAAACAGUUGCGGCUUACGCGCAUAGGCCACCCUGCACGUGUUUUGCCACACAUUAUAAAGUACUGUCUGGACGCAAAGAUUCAGCAAGCAGAAGGCACGGAGAUUGUGAACGACAUUCGAAAAGAGAUGGGCGACUUGCAGGCGAAGCUGUACAAGACACGGGACAAGAGUGUGCGGUUUCGCUUGAGACGAGAGAUCAAGGCGAAUCGGAAAGAAAUUUGCUCACGGGAGAAGAAAGUAGUGGGUGACGUUGUUCGGCAGAGCGACGUGGUAUUCGCGACGAACGUCGGUGCGGCGUCGACAUUGUUGAAGGACGUGACGUUUGACUUGGUCAUUAUUGACGAGGCAGCGCAGGCGCUUGAAGUAUCUUGCUGGGUUCCCAUCUUGAAAGCGAGGCGGUGCGUGCUCGCCGGUGACCACUUGCAGCUGCCACCUACUAUCAAGUCAAAGACCGCAGCAGCAAAAGGUCUCGAGGUGACUUUGUUCGACCGGAUCACACACUUUUCACAUACACAGAGCAUUGUGAAGAUGCUGAAUACACAGUAUCGAAUGCACGAGAAUAUCAGCGAGUGGAGUUCGCAAGCAAUGUACAAAGGAGAGCUGAAAAGCUUUGACGGCGUUGCAAGGCGCAAACUGCAUGAACUACCGCAUGCCAACAUCGCAGAAGAUGACGAGUUGCUGAAUGCGACACUACUGCUCUUGGACACAGCUGGAUGUGAACUUGAAGAGGAUGCCGAUGAAGAUCAAGAUGAAAGUCACAAGAUUCUUCGGCUGUCGAAGUCGAACAAAGGUGAGGCCCUCGUCGUGGCGAGACACGUUCAAGCCCUGCUAGAGACUGGCCUGAAGGAGGACGAGGUGGCGGUUAUCACGCCAUACAACAAACAGGUGCAUAUAUUGAAGGCUUUGCUGCUUGAAAAGUAUCCGAAGCUCGAAGUCAGGUCGGUAGACGGUUUCCAAGGAUGUGAGAAGGAAGCCGUUGUGAUGAGUCUAGUCCGUUCCAACGCUUCCAGACAAGUAGGGUUCCUGGGCGAUGACCGCCGCAUCAAUGUGGCCAUCACGCGAGCGAAGCGGCAUGUUGCAGUGGUGUGCGACACUGAUACAAUCACGUCGCACAAAUUCUUGGCCGUUCUAGUCCAGCAUUUCGAAAACUUUGGUGAGUACCGGAGUGCUCAAGAAUACUUGGAGAUGGACGUCGUUCAAGGCGCAGUGGAUGAGCAGUUGAUGUCUUUGCAGAGCGCAUUGGUGUUUGCGAGCGAGUCGUGUAGUACGGAUGCCACUGAAUCUUCUCCAAAUGUUGCUGCAAAGUUCGAUCUUGCGAAAGCCGCCAAGUCGAAGAAAAGAGUCGCUCAUAAGAAAGUGGUGAAGACUACCUUGUCUCCUUCGCCGAAGUCUGCCAAGGUUGAGCAGACGGAAGAUGAAGCGGAGACACUCGAAACAAAGACAAAUGCAUUCGAUGCCGUGGACGAUGUGGAGGAGAAGGAUGAGGACGAGAAGGAAGAUGAAUCGGUUGUGAGUAAGAGCGUUUUCCAGAUGAUGAGCUCCGAUAGCGACAGCUCGGACGACGAGCACAACAGCGAUGGGCUGAAGGAAGAUGUCGACGAAGGCAAAGUUAGCUCAGGUUUGCGUAAGCGCAGUAGUCCGCGUGCUGGAACGGAUCUCAAAGCUGCCAACUCCAUGUUAAAAGAUCUGCAUCUGGAUCGACUCACACGACAAGCUGUUCCACCGCCAGCACAAAGUACGAAGAAGAACAAGAAGAAAAAAGGCGAUGCCAACAGGGCGACGAUCGACGAAGUACGAGAUGGCGAAGGCGAGCUAGAAUAUCUUACUCGACAAGCAAGCAAGAGCUCGACCUGUGCUUUCGAGAAGGCGAGUAGCUGCAAGAAGCGUGUCACGAUGUUUGGCAGCGUGUGCAAAUUCUGCAAACUGAAGUUCUGCUACGACCAUGUCCUGCCUGAAGUUCAUGGAUGCGGAAACGCUGUGCGCAAAUUCGAGCGCGCCGAGUUCCAGCGCCCAACGACUUCCAGCGAUCGGAAGAAAACACUCACGAGCGAUAAGCGCAAAGUGCUCAAGAAGAAACUGAACGAAAAAGUGUCUGCAAAGACAGCGAGUCGCACAACGCAGUCCAAGUCCAAGAAAAAAUAG